CAGUGUGUGUGUGUGUGUGCGUUUAACAGGACAUCAUGCAGCUGUGUGCUCCGUCACUUUUCUGCAUGCUGAUGGGUUUAUUUACCCUUAAAGCAGUAGACUGUUACUAUGGACAAAUGCACAUGCAAUGCUAUUACAACGACAUCAACUUCAGCACCAAGGAAUUCAUUGUCUCUUGGUACUUUAACAAGGCUAAACAUGUGAGAUACAACAGCACGACAAACACAUUCACUGGAUACACAAAGUUCGGAGUUAAUAAGGCUGAGGCACUGAAUAAAGACCCCCAAAACAGUCUCUACGGCUAUUUGAAUACAUUCUGCAAACAGAACAGUGACACAUAUGGUUCUAGCUUUCAGAAGACAGUGAUGCCCGAGGUCAUAGUGAGGUCACUGCGAUCUGAGUCUGGUGACCUGCUGGCCAUGCUGAUGUGCAGUGCUUAUGAUUAUUACCCCAAAGGAGUCAGAGUGUCAUGGCUGAGAGACGGCGAGGUUGUGGGUGAGGGUGUGUCCCACACAGAGGAGCGUUCAGAUGGAGACUGGUACUAUCAGAUCCACACUUAUCUAGAGUACAGACCGAGAUCUGGAGAGAAGAUCUCCUGCGUGGUGGAACACGAGAGCUUAACACAACCUCUCAUAAACACCUGGGAUCCUCCAUUUCCUGUAGAAGAGAGAAACAAGCUGAUUAUCGGCAUUUUUUUCCUGGUAUUCGGAAUCGUUCUGGCGGUCACUGGAUUUUUUUAUUACAUGCUGAGAGCUAAAGGAAACGCAGAGCCACCUGCAGCAUCUAUACGUUUUGUACGCACUCUUUCCGUGGCGAGUUCUGAAGCCUCAAAUCCAUAACAUGCUGGUGUCUUUUUCUCUGGUCAUUUUAUAUAUGUUUAAAAUGACAUAAUAAGUUAUAAUAAUUUAUAUACAGCAUCUCUAUAUCAAAACUUGAUUUCCAUGUAAAAGGGUUAUGUUUCUAACAAUGUUCUUCAUAUACAGUACCAGUCAAAAGGUUGGACACACCUUCUAAUUUAAUGUCUUUUGUUUAAUUAUUUAUUUUUUCACAUUCCAGAAUAAUACUGGAUUUUUUCCAACCUAUAAAAUGUGACAUAUGGCAUUAGAUAAUUAAGUAACGACACCAAUCAACUGUUAUUUUAAGACAUGAACAUCAGCUGUUCUGGAAUCAUUCUUGCCAGAGCAGUAUUGUUAAGUGCAUAUGUGAAACCCAUCAAACACUAUGAUGAAACUGGCUCAUGAAGACCUUCAAGCAAGUCACUGCACCUUCUUCUCCGUAUUGUCCAUUGUCCAUGUAUUUUUCUGCUUUCCUUUUUUCUUUCAUCACUUUGUUUGCUGUUCCUCAUUUUGUAUUUGUAGUAUGAGUGUUUGUUUUGAUUUAAAUGAGUAGAUCUCACAAACUAAUUGAUUAAGAUGGAUAAACCUUUUCAUGUUUUAAAGAAUUUUUUAAAAAAGUUAAAAAAAAAUGUAGGAUAUGUAUAUUAUUUAAGGUAAGGUAUAAGGAUUGCAAUGUUGUACAAAAUAUGAAAAUGCUUCAAAAACUGACACUACUGCAUGUAAAAAUACAAAAUACACUCUGGCGAAUCUCUUCUAUGGGAGGUCCUAAUAGGGUUAA